AUGAACGAGCGCAUAUGUGCGCACGUGCGAGACGUGUCAAACGGUGAAAUUCUCUCCGAAUACGGCGGCGCCGUUUGCCAGUUUACCGAAACUCUUCUGGUGCUGGCAGUUCAUGAGUAUGGCUUUGUGUUUGGCCUGCCAAAGAACUCGGUGAGCAACACGGGUGUGGUGUUCUUUGAUGACCGUUUGAGCAAGAUGGCUCAUCUUGCGGCAGUGCCGGACAACAUCAACGGUGUUAGUACAGUGACGCUGUUUGUGGAUCGUGCAUCGCCUAGUGAUUUCGUGGGUUUAGCGAUUAUAUUGCCGACUGCGCUAUCCUGUUGGCAAUCUCAAUUUUGUUUUGUUAUGGAGGCGUCUAAUCAGUUUCCAAUUACAACUGGUCUAAACGCUCCAUCGAGCGCAGGACGUCAACUUUGA